AUCACAAAGUAGCGUGAACCAUCCAAGCUUGCCAUGAAGCGUGAGCAAAUUAUCAGUGGCUGUAUUUCCCUCUUUAAAUACCCCUAAUAUUGCUGCAAUUGUCUCAAAUUUUAUACAUUUCCUCGGAGGAAGAUGAUAGUGUUCGCUCUAUUUGCGGCGUUCUUCACUCGGGUGUUGUUCAGUGUGCACGUCCUUCUUUCAGUCGGGCUCGUAGUCUUGCAUACUAAACAGCCGCUCUACUGGGCUUUCUUGCUAGGACUUGUUGCCUUGGUGUGUGAAAUGCUCUACGUGAUGAUCGUCAGGAAAGGCGCUGAGUAUAAAUAUUUCUGGCCGAGCUGCUUUUUAUACAUAUCCGCCAUUAUUCCGGUGGUGUGGGUGAUGGAGCUUGACUUACUUCGACACAGACUGGACAAGCGGGAUCAGCUGACUCUCAGGCUCUCAGGAUCCAAUACCAUAGACACUUCCGGGCUCAACAUCGAUGGUAUCGGUAUCGCGGCGACAAUUCAAGUCGACACUGCCGCGAAGAAAGUUUGUGAGCUUGGUGUCGUGGUUAUCAUCAUCGUGGGGCGAUGGCUGUUGCCAAGGGGACGAAUGACACGUGACCAGCUGUCAAACCUGUUGCUAUGUUACAUCGGCAUGGGUGCAGAUAUCUUGGAGUUGUUUGCCGCACUGACGGAACCGGAAGUAAUGCAUAACGCAUCUGUGACGUAUGCCACUCUAGCUCUGUUUAGUUGGAGCAUGUUCCAGUUUUGUGUCGUUGCUACAGCAACCGUAGGUGGCAGUGAAGAAAGCCCAGACAUUACCCAUCAACCAUCAGAGGGCGAAGGCGUAUUGGUAGAAGACGUCGAAGAUCAAGAAAGCAGCCCAAUUUCGCCGCCCUUACAUCGUGACAGCCUUGUGCCGGGACAGAGCAUCGAGCCCCGCAAAAGUAUAAUCGAGAUCGCGUGGUCAACCCACGAGCCAGUAACAAUAGACCUUCCGCCAACCGACCUUCAGAUCGCCUCAAACUCUAAGUUCGUUUUGUCUGCUGAUUUCUUUCAAAUAGUGGCCGCCCUGUUCAUGCAAGACGGACCUUUUCUAUUACUCCGGCUCUCCCUGCUGAUUGGCUAUGGGGUGUCUAGUGAAAUCCACAUCUUCUUCACGGCUAAGAAUGCGCUUACUGUGGUCAUUAUGCUAUACCGUCUCUACAUUCUAGUGCUUGACAUGUAUGGAUUGCCACACCUGAGAGCUGCCAUUGCACGGAGCAUGCGCGUAGCGGGGGUAACCGCUGGUGCAACACAGCAGGCGUAAUUCCGCCUCAGUACCAUUUUGUAAUUGUUUCAUUUUGAUAGAUUUGAUAUAGUGGGACUAUUUACAAUGAUAGCAAUAAAUACACGACCGAUACUAUGACUGUUAAUCAUUUUGAAGGUAUGUACAGAAACUUAACCGAAAGAGCUCCUAAUAAAACAGACUGGGAUAAAA